AUGUCCACCACUACGACAACCACCGGCCAUAUGCCCUCCAACGGAGCGGCCGAUCUCGAUCCCCUGGAUGCAGCGGACUACGAUCCAAUCGACCAUUUGAACGCGAUCUUCUCCCACCCCUCCACGCUGUCAUCAGUGUCUCGAGUUUCUGACUCCCUCCAAGCUUACGAAGAUGAGCUUGACAAUGAUAUUGCAAUGCUCGUUGAGGACCAGGUUGUUUCAAAUUCUGAGAGCGUCGAGCGUAUCCAGACCGCCAAAGCAGAUCUGACCGAGCUGUUCAAGAAAAUCGACGAUGUCCGCGACCGCGCAUCUAGUACGGAGCAGGCUAUUACGGAGAUGACGGCGGAUAUCAAGCAGCUUGACAAUGCGAAGAAGAACCUCACUCAGUCUAUGACUGCACUGAAAAGGCUUCAAAUGCUGACGACUGCGUACGAUCAGCUCCGUGUUCUUGGCAAAACAAGGCAAUACCGGGACUGCGCUCAGCUACUACAGGCGGUUAUUCAAUUGAUGGCGCACUUCAAGUCGUACCGAUCAAUCGACCAGAUCGCACUUCUCAGUCGGAAUGUGGCGGAUAUACAACGGGAGUUGUUGGAGCAGAUUUGUGAAGAUUUCGAGCUGACAUUUGUUAAAGGCGAGGUGACACAGAAAAGGACGACUCUCUCGGAGGGUUGCCUGGUCAUGGAUGCGUUGGGAGAACACGCAAAGUCCAGGUUAGUGACCUGGUAUUGCAAUUUCCAGUUACGUGAAUAUCGUCAGGUCUUCCGGAACAAUGAGGAAGCAGGCUCUUUAGACAACAUAUCUCGGAGGUAUUCGUGGUUUAAGCGCAUCUUGAAGAUCUACGAUGAGGACUACGCAGCUAUUUUCCCGGCAUCUUGGCGCGUCGAUGAAAUUCUGGCAAAUGUCUUCUGCGAAGGGACUCGAGAUGACUUCAAGGGGAUUCUUUCUCGGUCUGUGCGGAAUGGGCAGGCAAUCGAUGUCAACCUAUUGCUGUCUUGCUUGCAAGAAACGCUUGAUUUCGAACAUUCUCUUGAGCGACGAUUUGUUAGCCCAUCCCGGCCCUCGACAGAUACUUUCGCUUCCACCGAAGCGCCGGUGUUUAGUCAGGCUAUUUCAGAAGCGUUUGAGCCCUAUCUAAGUGUAUGGGUUGAAGCUCAAGACAAGCAGCUUGCUGCUCUUAUUCCAAAAUAUCGGCAACAGCCUCUGAGACCUGCAGAUGAAGAGUUCCACUCCAAUAUUGUUAUAUCCUCGUCAAUCGAGCUCUUCACAUUCUAUCGACAUGCUCUACAACAAUGCUCCAAACUUUCAACAGGCGGAAGUCUAGCUGAUCUUGCUAAAGUCUUCGCAAAAUACCUCGAUCAAUAUGCUCAACAAGUGCUUCUAUACUACAUUAGUGAACGGCCUACCGGCCAUACGCCAUCAAAAAUACCGACCCUAGAAGAGCUUAUUUCAGUUCUCAACACUGCAGACUACUGCUACACAACCUGCAACCAACUAGAGGAGAAGAUAAAGGGCCGGCUAGACAAGAACUUGAAACAAUCAGUGGACCUCCAAAGCCAGGCGGAUUCGUUCAUGGGGAUUGCCUCAGCAGCCGUCCGAGGACUUGUACGCCAGGUCGAGAUAGAUCUAGAGCCCUGCUGGCGGGAGAUGCGUAAUACUCCUUGGAAUCGCCUGGAGGCCGUGAACGAUCAGAGCUCGUACGUUGGUGAGCUCCUUUCUAAGACCCAGACUAGGUCCUCCGAAAUAUUGCUACUGCUGCAUAAGCAGCAGUAUGCCCGAGCUUUUAGCGACCAUCUUGUGGAGUUGAUAUGCAACUUGUUCAUCACAAGUAUCUCCCAAUGCAAGCCUAUCUCGGAGACUGGGGCGGAACAGAUGCUACUAGACGCGUACACCCUCAAAACCGGUCUCACGUCUCUUCUUCCCGCUCCUGCCCCCGCAGGCUUCGUUAAGCGCGUCAACAACAGCUUUGCAAAGAUCGAGACUCUUCUCAAGACGGUCCAGGUACAACCAUCCCCUCCAGAGGCCCUUGUGCAAGCAUAUUUACUCCACAUCGGGGACCGAAACAACGCCAAUUUCCGCAAAAUCCUCGAUCUCAAAGGCAUCCGCAGCAGACAAGAACAGAACCACCUCGUGGAACUAUUCCAGGUCCACCGCGCAUCCGAUCGUCAUGCCCCCAAUCUACAGCAAAACAAUCCCGUCCUAGCAGCGAUGCAGACCUCCAACACCACCUCCUCCAAUUCCGUAUCACAGGGCCUUGGACUUGGAACCCUGAGCACAUCGGCUGCAGCGUCCAUCGGCGCCUCCAAUCUCCCUACCCGCUUUGAUGCUUCCAUGCUGGGAUCCGCCAUCAUCUCGGCCGCCAAGGACGGCGUUGAUAGAUUCGGCACCCCAGCCAAUACCAGUACAACUGGGCCUGGCUCAGUCUCCACCUCUACCACGCCGUCCACUGCCUCCGGUCCCGUGAGCCAGACACUGAGCCAGGGCGGCGAGAGCAGCACCUCCGGAAACCUCAACGAAAACCUGAAGAACAUCGGCAAGUUCUUUCGUCGUGAUUUGGGCGGUUUUGGCGGUCGAUUCGGGAGAAGCGGUGAUGAUGGCAAUUAA